AUGCCAAAUGAUCCUAAAAAGCUCUUAGAGAAUCUUUGUUCCGGCCUCGAGACUUUUCUCGGCUUCAACCCUUCUUCCAAAGGCUACGAUGGCAAGGGUAUUGUGUACUCUGACCUUGACAGGCUGUGUGAUGCAGUGAUGGGAUUUUUGUAUCAGGUGCUUAAGGAUGUCAGCGAGAAACAGCCUUACGAAACAGGUAAGGAAUACUUAAAUACAUUAGUUAGUAGCACUUUAAAAUCAAAUUUGAACUCAGGUCACGAUGGUUUUUGCAAGGCGUUUCCCAUGGUGACUGUCAACGUCAACCGGUACAACCAGGCAGUGAAGUCGUCGAAUGAAAGCAUUAAGAAUAAAAUACAGACUUUCAGUAAGGAAAUGCAGCUGCUUCACAAAACGGUAAGUGAAAUACAAAAAGAUAAUGCUCUUGCAGAUGACGCCAAGCAAAUUGGACUGAACGAGGAGUCCGUUAAGAAGAGCCUGGCAGAUUGUCAGCGGAAAGCUGAAAACUUCACUAAUGACUUAGAUGUCAAAAAUAGUCACAAUAGCAACAAAGACGCCAUUAAUGAUUUUAACGAAAAGUUGCGUGACAAAAUUGUGAGUGUCCAUCACACGCUGGUGCAUGAAAAAAAUCGACUGAGUGAGUUGUCGAAAAAGGAUGAAGAGAAGUUAGCGGCGACUAAGGAUAAGAUUACUGAGGCGCUCGAUGGCGUCAAACGUAAGGUAAACGAUCACAUUUGCAAGGAAGUAAAUACACUGGUAACGCACUUCACGAAAAAAAUUCAGGCCAUUUUGCAGAAGCUUAACGAUAUCAAUGGUAAGCUGAAGACAUACAUCGGUGAGCUGGACAGGUGGAUUAGAGAAGCGCAGAGUUCCGUCAUUACUGUCCAAGGGCAUGUGGAUAUCAUACUGAAGGAGUUUGAUAAGGAGGAUAAGAGCAUUAAACCGGAGAAAAUUUUAAAGGACGCACAUGAUUUGCGAUUCCAGGGAGACAACCUAUUGGCCCUUGCAAGCCAGGCCAAGAGGGAAGUUGACGAGACUGUUAAACAGGCACUUGAGGCUGUGAUAAAGAUGGACGGGGAAUUGAAGGAGGAUCUGGGUAAGGUGAAGACGGCGGUGGAGGGGCAGGUGGAGGAGAUUAAGACGGCGAUUGGGAAGUUGUAUAAAGUAGUUCAAACUGGUGAGCCUGACAGGACAAUAGAGGCGGAUAAGUCUAUGGUAAAAGUUAUAGAGGAUAUGAAGAAUAAGGUCGGAGUCGUAAACGAAGGCGCAAGCAGUGUAGCUCCAAAGACAGGUCUGCAGGGUAUUGUUACUGGACUAAAGUGGAAAUAUACCGAUAAGUUCAAACCGGGUCAGUUCGUGCAAGAUGUUUUGCCUUCGUGGAUGGAUGCGAUUUUGGGGAAGGAUGACACUGUCAAAGGGACGAAUGCCGUGAAGUCCUGGAUUAAACAGUACGUGACGGCAAAUGAUAUGUUGAACGAAGCAUACAGAAAUGAAGAAAAUGGAAUUUAUAAAGCACUCAACGAAAAAAUUAAGGCUGCAAUCACUUCACAGCUUACGACUGAUCAUAUUAUUUCAGAAGCCACUGGUCAAUUCACAUCGCGGCAAGUCACCACUAUUGCUGAAAAUUUGCAAAAUGUCAAAGAUGUCUGUUUGAUGUUUGCCAGCAAACUUGACGAGAAAUUACAGGAGGGCACGGAGAAAAUUGAUAAGUUCGUUACAAUCAUAAUGAACGCAAUUGAGACAGCGCCAGGAACUACAGCGGUGAAAUACUCUUACGCGCACCGAAGGUUCCUAAGAGAAGCCGUCAGGACCACGCUUAUUAGUCUGUGCUCCACCGCCGCCCAGGCUGCCGAGGAGCUUGAUUCUAUUUUACUUAGCAACAGGCUAGGUACUCCUCCUAGCACGAGCAUUGCAGAAGCGUUAGAUACGGCUCACAAGAAAGCUGAUGAGCUUCAUCAAAAUCUCAAAACUGCGCUUGGGAAGAAUAGUGGUGGUAGAAAAGUUAACCACGCCGCCGCCGUCGACGCCGCGAUCGGAAAAAUUAAAACCGUAGCUGAGCAUCACAUCGGAACAAGCGACCUUGUAGGCGACAAAAUUUCGGAGCUCGGUAAAGAAGGGUUUGAGCAAUAUAAAAAGCAAGUCUUGCAGACACCAGAAAGCUUGGCCGUCGCGGACGAUGACCCAAACAAACUUGAAGGCACCCUCCCCGCUGCCAUCAAGAGAAUCCGAGAUGAAAUGAAAAACGUUUUGAGACAAAUUGAACCUGACAUUAAGCUUGACAACGGUCUUGAGCAGAUUGACGCUUCCACCUUCAACAAGCCUUUCGAUGAAAUUAAGCGAAACAUCGAUGACCUGUGCACGACCAUCAGAGAGGUUGGAGGCAACGCCCGAGACAACCUUAGACUUUUGAAAGAUACUUACUUUAGUAAGAAGUCAAAUCUUAGAGGUAGUAUAUAUAAAAUCAAGCAAGAUCUCACCGAUCUGCAGAAGAGUUUGGAGACUGGUCUGAUUAAAACUACCACGGAUGUCUUGAACGGCAUGAUUCCAACUCGAGACGCCACCAUCACGUUGCUUGACAACCAUGUUCAACAGGAGGUCAAGAUCGCUAGGAACGCUCUAAACAUCCACGCGCAGAAGCAGUACAUCGAGUCACUAAAAGAGCUGCUGACGGCAUUCUCUCUAAAGGUCGAAAAGGAACUCGAACCUUUGCCGAGAGACAUUGCACGUGACUUAACCCUUGGUUUCAAAGGUUUUAUGACGACAUUCGAAAGGGAUUUCAUUACUAACGAAAAGUCAAUUCGAGGUAUUAGAGACAUGAACCCUAAGUUCACACCUCAAAAGGAGUCCCUGCUAAGCCAGGCUGCUUCCAAAUUCUUCGGUAGCGUCAACAGAUUUCUGCAUGAUUUGCAUAAACAGCAGGACUUCACGACGGACUUUGAGAAAAUUCAGCCAACGCGCGAGGCGCUAGCUAAGUUGUUUGGAGACCUUGUCGAUUCACAUCACUUCGACCACACAUUCAGUAUCAAUCUAGACGCCCUUGAUAAUGCAGUCACUGCCUUCAAGCCCGCUACCUACGGCGAUGCUAAGUGCCCCUUACUCCUCAAUGCUCUGAAAGCAGGCUUCACCCCUCUCGUCGAGGAGCUCAAGAAGGCAUACGUGAGCAGUUACUCCGGGAGACAAUUGCAAGAGGAGGAACUAGGACACUACGCCAAAAUCUGUUGGACCAUCACGCCCAUCUUAUAUCAAGAAUUGACCGCCUUCAAAGAUCACCUUGAUAUUGAUGGUUGGACCACCCAUAAAAUCUAUGACGCCCAAACACCCACCUCCAGCCUCCACGCUCUCUUCUUCCGCGACAACGGGUAUGACGUCCAUCGUCCUGAGAACGCUGAGCAUGGCGAACUGAAUCACAGACAAGACUUCAAUGGUAGCAGCAUUCUCAAACACCUAACCAAUCCACAUGAACUGUUCAGUCAACGGUCAUCUCCCGUCACCGGCAUCCCUCAAUCGACAUCCGGGUCGGACGAGCUAGGUGUAACCAUCGCGGAGGAGUGUGGUCUCAUCCAAAAACUCUAUGAUUUCCUGCAGACGUACUUCAAAGUCUGCCACCUUACCCGUAUUGACAAACCCCGGGCUCCAUGCUCCGUUUACGAAAUUCUCGUCUGGUGCAACGGCCUGCAGUUCAACCCCGUAUACGAGAAGCUCAAGGCGCAAGUUAGGUCUGAGUUCAUGAAGGAGGACAAGGAAAGGCCGGGUGAGAAGAAGCUGCAGCCCUUCGAAGCGCACCCAUAUCCAAUCAAAUACGGUGACGUAGAAGCGGAGCUCUACUAUGUGUCUGCCAACUCCCACGCCGUCCUCACCGCUAUCCUAGGUCACGGUCACAAGGACGGAAUUUACGCGUGUGAGUUCUCUAGCAACUCGCUAAAAUUAGAUUACCCUACCAAUAUGAUUCAGCUGCUGUGCACGUUGUUCGACCUGCUCAAGCGCCUCUACCACCAGCUGUACUUCCUGCUGCAGCAGUGUCAACUUACAACUCAGCUCAGCGGCUGGAAGGACUGUCACUACGGCAGGUACAUCGGUGGGUCAGGCUGGCAGUGCAACACAAAGCAGUGCCCUAAGCAAGACUGCGACCAAAGGCACGACCAAAGUGGUGACCAAACGGGUGGGCAGUAUCCCAACUGCGGCGUCAAGUCGCCACUGCAAUCGUUCUUGGAGGACGGUUUGAAGGGCCACCUGCCGCAUUCGGUUACGGCUAGGGGAUCGAGUCUGUCAUGUGGCACGUGUGGUAGUACACCUGGUAUGCCGUGCAGGACGCCAAUGGGCUUCGCUGAUAUCGGUGCCACCGCGUCGCAUACGAUGAUGGGCCAGGAUAUACGCGAGGUGCUUUACAAUUUCUGUGGGAGUGCAAAAUCUCCUCUUACUAAACUGUGCAGUUACUUGAACUGCCUGCUACCCAGUGCGCCGAAAACGCUGGCGGACAUGUUCAGCUUCUACUAUCACCUCACCGAUCGCUGGGGUAUGCAUGGUCAACAGCAUAAACAACAGGCAUUUACGGAACAAGUUAAAGCUGCCAAUUUCGGACGUCAGUAUACUGGGUUAAACGUAUACCACUUAUUUACCCCUAGUCACUCAGCAUUGAAGAAGGGCCACUCCGAUGGUAGCCUGGGCAGUCUCGUAUGCUUAUCAAGGGAAGCCGUCGUAUGCGGUCCUUUUUUGCGUCCCAUCGGUCACGCCAUCUACGAGACGUUCUCAUCAAAACACGCCGAUAAGUAUUUGUCGUGGAUCGUUUACCUGACCGCGACGUUCUACGAUCUGCUGAAGAAAUUGUAUGACGAGUGCAAUUCCAAAUGCGGUUCCAGGGGAUCGAAUUGCCAUGGAAAAGCGUGCAUCAAGGAGUGCAGAACUACAUCCAAACAUGAUCCGCCACGAUAUCACGAUCGCAAAUGCAAAUCCAUUGUAAGCUGCAAUAACACGAUGCCAACAUUGGCGAAAUACGGCUUCGUUCUCGGCGAUCCGGAAAGGCUGAACGGAAGUGAACGAUCGCAAAAGAAACGCACGUGCAGAGAUUUCUGUGAUGUAUUUAAAGAGGCAUUUGAGAAGGACUCACAUCUUGUGCAGUUCUUCAAAGCCAUUGAUAAUUUCAUGUUCACCAUCCGCGCACCUUUCUUGUGGAUGACCGUGGCGCUCUGGUCGCUAUCCCUCUUCUACCUCAUCUGCGUAAUGGUUGGCAGGCUGGAUGUGCUCCACAUACGCUCACACCUGAGGAUACCGUCGUCGCACAAGAUUACAGCGCAAUCAUUGUUGGCUGCAGCGCAAGUCGGAAGGCUUGCCAAGAUAUCGUACCUGCAACCGUAA